AUGCCACGUGUCACAACAAUUCUGACGCUCAGCUUAAUCGUGGGCUAUGCCACGUGUCAAUGGAACGGCGGAUGGGGCGGAGGCCCGGGAGGUGGACAAGGUGGAUGGGGUGGACAACAGCAAGGAGGCUGGGGUGGUGGACCUGGUGGAGGCCAGGGUGGCUGGGGUGGACAGCAAGGUGGACAAGGCGGAUGGGGAGGUGGUCCGGGAGGUGGCCGUGGUGGACAAGGCGGAGGUUGGGGUGGUCAACAAGGCGGCUGGGGUGGACAACAAGGCGGACCUGGAGGCCAAGGAAACUUCGGAGGUCAAGGAAACUUCGGCGGAGGUCCAGGAGGUCGUGGAGGUCAAGGCGGAAACUUCGGAGGCCAAGGUGGAAACUUCGGAGGUCAAGGAAACUUCGGAGGUGGAGGUCCAGGAGGAGGUCGUGGUGGAGGUGGUCGUGGAGGUGGACAAGGUGGAUUCGGAGGUCAACAAGGAGGUGGACAAGGUGGAUUUGGUGGACCUGGAGGCGGGAGUCCUGGUGUGAGAAUUGCCGAGGAGGUUAUUGGUGGACUUUUGGGAUAA